AUGCGGGUUCCUGUGAGAACCGGGGGCUUGACUCAUAUCUUUUGCAACCCCAGAACAUUCUACUCUCGCUUUGUGCACUCUCCGUCCCCCAACUCUUUCACCCCCAGGAUGGCCUCCAACAGUGACUGGUCCGCUCAACGAGUCCGUGAGACUUUCUUGGACUAUUUUAAGCAAAAUGGUCAUACAUUUGUUCCCUCCUCGCCCGUCGCUCCCUUGUCGGAUCCGACGCUCCUGUUCACCAAUGCGGGAAUGAACCAGUUCAAGUCCAUCUUCCUUGGCACCGUGGACCCAUCCUCGGACUUUGGCAAGCUGAAGCGGGCGGCAAACUCGCAAAAAUGUCUUCGCGCCGGUGGAAAGCAUAACGAUCUGGAUGAUGUGGGCAAGGACAGCUACCACCAUACAUUUUUCGAAAUGCUCGGUAACUGGAGUUUCGGCGACUACUUCAAGAAAGAGGCCAUCACAUACUCGUGGACCUUGUUGACCAAGGUCUAUGGUCUGGAUCCGGACCGUCUCUAUGUUACUUACUUCGAGGGCAACGAGGCUGGCGGUUUGGAGCCGGACCUCGAGGCUAAGGAAUUGUGGAAGUCUGUGGGUGUUCCCGAAGAUCACAUCCUGCCCGGAGAUAUGAAAGACAACUUCUGGGAAAUGGGUGAUCAGGGCCCCUGUGGACCCUGCAGUGAAGUACACUACGAUCGGAUCGGCGGACGUAAUGCUGCUCAUCUCGUGAACGAAGAUGAUCCCAACGUGCUGGAAAUUUGGAACAACGUUUUCAUCCAAUAUAACCGGGAGGCGGACAGCUCCCUCCGACCUCUUCCCAACAAACACGUUGACACCGGAAUGGGCUUUGAAAGAUUGGUGUCUAUUCUGCAAGACAAGUCCUCCAACUACGACACCGACGUGUUCACUCCCAUCUUCCAGGCGAUCCAGAAUGCUACCGGUGCUCGGGAAUAUCGUGGUCACUUCGGUGCCGAAGAUGUCGAUGGCAUCGACACAGCCUACCGUGUCGUUGCUGACCACGUGCGUACUCUGAUGUUUGCUAUCUCGGAUGGAGUCAUUCCCAAUAACGAGGGCCGUGGCUACGUGAUCCGUCGUGUGUUGCGUCGCGGUGCUCGAUAUGCCCGAAAGUAUUUCCAGGUGGACAUUGGCAACUUCUUUGCCAAACUCGUGCCCACCGUGGUGGAUCAGCUGGGUGAGAUGUUUCCCGAACUCAAGCGCAAACAGCAGGAUGUCAUCGAAAUCCUGGAUGAGGAAGAGUUAUCUUUUGCCAAGACCUUGGAUCGAGGUGAGCGUCAAUUUGAGCAGUACGCGCAACAAUGCAAAGUCAAGGGCACCAAAAAGCUUCACGGUGCCGAUGUCUGGCGACUGUACGAUACCUUCGGUUUCCCCGUGGACCUCACCCGGAUCAUGGCCGAGGAGCGUGGCCUCUGUAUCGACGAUGUCGAGUUCGAAGAAGCCCGCCUCAAGGCCAAGGAAGCCAGUAAGGGACAGAAGAAGACUGCGGAGAACACCGUCAAGCUCGACGUCCAUGACCUUGGAAACCUGGAAAAAAUGAAUGACGUCCUCAAGACCGAUGACUCUGCUAAGUUUGGCCGCGGCAACAUUACUUCUCACGUCAAGGCCAUCUAUCAUGGCAAGAAUUUCUACAGCAACACCGACAAAGUUCCAGAGGGAGCCCAACUUGGUGUCAUCCUCGACUGCACUAACUUUUAUGCCGAGCAGGGUGGUCAGGAAAACGACACUGGUAAGAUCAUCAUUGACGGUCAAGCAGAGCUCGAGGUUGGCGACGUUCAGUCCUAUGCUGGAUACGUCUUGCAUACCGGAUUCAUGAAGUAUGGAUCGUUCGCUGUUGGUGAUUCUGUGAUUUGCGAGUAUGACGAGCUCCGUCGCUGGCCGAUCCGUAACAACCACACUGGAACGCACAUUCUUAACUUCGCUCUGAAGGAAGUUCUUGGCGAUGGUGUGGAUCAAAAGGGCUCUCUCGUAGCUGCCGAAAAGCUUCGGUUUGACUUCUCGCACAAGAGUGCCAUCUCAGACGUUGAGUUGGAGAAGAUUGAAGCCAAGGCUACCGAGUAUAUCCGCCAGAACUGUGCGGUCUACUCUCAGGAAGUCCCUCUUGCCACUGCUCAGCAGAUUUCUGGCGUCAGAGCCGUAUUCGGCGAGACCUACCCUGACCCUGUCCGCGUCGUGUCCGUCGGCGUGGAACUGGAGGAGAUCCUUCAGAAUGUCAAGGAUCCUCGUUGGAAGGAAGUGAGCAUCGAAUUCUGCGGUGGAACUCACGUUCAAAAGACGGGCGACAUCAAGGAUCUGAUCAUCCUGGAAGAAAACGGUAUUGCCAAGGGAAUACGUCGCAUCAUCGCUGUCACCGGUGAAGAGGCCCAUGAGGUGCAGCGCGUUGCUCAGGAGUUUAACCAGCGCCUCGACAAGCUAAACAGCUUGCCUCUCGGACCUGGGAAGGAACGCGAGGCCAAGCAGGUUCAGGUUGAUCUCAACCAGCUCACGAUCUCCGCGGUCGAGAAGGCCCGGCUCCGCGAUCGCUUUGCCAAGAUCAACAAGCAGGUUCUUGAUGGCCAGAAGGCUCAACAAAAGCUCGAGUCCAAGAAAGCCGUGGACACCAUUACUUCCUACUUCGAGGCUCCCGAGAACAAGGAUAAAUCGUGGCUCGUGGUUCAGCUCCCCAUCACGGCCAACUCCAAGGCUGUCAGUGAAUCUUUGAACCACGUCAAGUCCAAAUUGCAAGGCAAGAGUGUGUAUCUUUUGGCUGCCGACUCUGAGCAAGGUCGGGUUUCCCACGGUUGUUAUAUCUCCCAGGAAUUGAGUGGUCAAGGUGCCUCCGCCAGCGACUGGGCGGCCGUCGUCUCUGGGGCAGUGGGUGGAAAAGCCGGAGGAAAGGGACCUACAUCCGUUGGAAACGGCACCAACGCCGACAAGGUGGAGGAUGCCCUGACCCUGGCUACUGACUAUCUGAGCAAGUUCAAGCUCUAG